AUGUUACAUCAGCGCUUACUCAGCAUGUACAACCAUAUGCUACAUGAACACGUUUGGGAUCCGAAGCGGUGCCAUACCGCUUUCAACAUGCUCCCUAAACUUGGUGAUGCUUCAGUGGCUUCGAAUUGGCGCCCGAUUGCGAUAUUGAAGGUGACUUACAAGAUUUUCUGGAAGAUGUUGUGCUCACGAUUGCAACCGCUGCUCGAAAGUUAUCAGUCACCCGACCAAGUGGGUUUUCGUCCGCAUCGCGGGACUGAUCAUGCUUUGGCAGUGUCUGACACCAUAUGUGGCAAAUCAGUUGAGUGGAAAUGCAACCUUUGUUUUGCGAGCUUAGAUCUAAAGAAGGCCUUUGAUCGCAUGGAACACAACGCAUUGUUUGCUGCACUUGUGAAACAAGGAGUCGAAUCUUCGUACAUACAGCUGUUGAAGGCAUUGUAUUUGGGUCAGACAGGAUCUGUUCAUGGCAGCCGCAGAUUUCGCAUCACGCGUGGAGUCAAACAAGGUGAUGUUUUGAGCCCGUUGCUUUUCAACGCUGGACUUGAAGCAGCGAUACAAUCCUGGAAAUCCCGCAUCGUAGAUUGCGGUAUCCAC